AUGGACGUCGUGUUCGCCCUACAAGACGCCAUCCAAGAGGGUAAGCUCCGUCGCGGGGCGAAACAAGACACUGCAGCUCGGUUCGACAUUGGGCGUGCCACGAUUCGCAAGAUAUGGCAUGAUUUCAAGAGAGGAACAAAGUCCUCCAAGAAGAAAGUACGUGUCGGCCCGAAGCCACGAUGCACUCCCUCUGAGAUCAGGGAGAUGAUCCAAGCCGUGCCAGAACAAGACCGCAGUACUUUCCGCGACAUGGCUAAUACGACAGGAAUCUCUAAAAGCAUCCUCGCACGGCACUUCAAAGCUGGAACAAUUGAGCGACGGUCCACCCGACUCAAGCCGUUCCUUACCAAGGACAACAGGCUCAAACGCCUAGCGUACUGUGGUGCACAUGUAAAAAUGAACUUGGAGUCUCUGACGCAUCUGAACCCUUGCUUGACGAGCAGCGUCGGCGAAGUCGACGCUAUCUCCGAAGACGCCCCGGUCUCUGAGGUCGGCACACCACAAGAAUUCGAGUUUUCCGAUUUGUUCGACGUGGUCCACCUUGACGUGAAGUGGUUCAAUGAGGACAAGGACAAAAGAAAAACCUACGUGGUCCCUAGUCAAGAUCCUGCGCGUUGUGUGUGCAAGUCCAAGCCCUUUGUCCCAAAGGUUAUGUUCUUGGCGGGAGUCGCACGUCCAAGGCCCGAGGAAGGCUUCGAUGGCAAGAUCGGAACCAUGGUGAUGACAUUGGUGAAUGUUGAUGGAGCGACCUACCGGGACUUCGUGCUCCACCAAGUUGUGCCUGCAAUCAAGAGUCGAUUUCCAAGCAAGACCAAGCGCGUCAUUUUGCAACACGACAAUGCAACUCCGCAUGCGACUAUCGAUGACGGAGUCCUGGCUGAGGUGUCCACGGAUAAUUGGGUCUUUAUGGUGCGUCGGCAGCCGCCGAACAGCCCGGACCUCAAUGUCCUGGACCUGGGCUAUUUUGCUUCAAUCCAAGCCCUACAGUACAAGACUUUCAGCCGGUCUGUCGAUGACGUGAUCGGCUCGACGUUGUGUGCCUUUGAAGCGCUCAGUGUUGAGACGUUGGGUAACGUCUUCCUAAUCUUGCAAGCAGCUAUGCGUCAGGUUUUGGAGCAUGAGGGCAACAACGAUUUCAAGAUUCCUCAUAUGAAGAAAGAUACUUUGAGACGUUGUGGAUCACUCAUGGCGAACUUCACAUGA